CCCCGGGCGGUGCCGGGAGCCCCGCCGGUGCCGGGAGCCAUGCCGCCCGGCCGCGCGGCCGUGGUGCUGCGGUGCGAGUGGCAGCGGUGCUCGUUCGCGGCCGCGGGGAUGGAGGAGUUCUGCGGGCAUGCGGCGCAGCACCUGCAGCAGCCCCUGCCCGGCCAGCAGCGCGGCGACGCGGACCCGCUGGAGGAGUACACGUGCCUGUGGCAGGGCUGCGGGUUCUGCUGCCCGGAGAGCCCGGCCGAGCUGCUGCGCCACGUGCUGUUCCACUGCUACCACACCAAGCUGAAGCAGUGGGGGCUGCGGGCGCUGCAGGGCCAGCCCCAGCUCAGCCCCUGCCAGCUGGGCUGCCACAGCAGGAACAUCAUCCCCGACAUCCAGGAGGGCUUCCUGUGCCUCUGGGAGUACUGCGAGAGGUCCUUUGACAACCCCGAGUGGUUCUACCGGCACGUGGAGGAUCACAGCUUCUGCUCCGAGUACAAGGCAGCAGGCAAGGAGAACCACGUGCUGCUCUGCGGCUGGAAAGACUGCAACUGCAGCUUCAAGGGCCGCUGCAAGCUGCGGGAGCACCUGCGCAGCCACACGCAGGAGAAGGUGGUGGCCUGUCCCACCUGCGGGGGGAUGUUUGCCAACAACACCAAGUUCUUCGACCACAUCCGCCGCCAGACUGCCCUGGAGGAGCAGAGGUUUCAGUGCUCCCACUGCUCCAAGAGGUUUGCCACCGAGCGGCUGCUCCGCGACCACAUGAGGAACCAUGUGAACCACUACAAGUGCCCCCUGUGUGACAUGACCUGCCCGCUGCCCUCCUCGCUGCGCAACCACAUCCGCUUCCGGCACAGCGAGGAGCGCCCCUUCAAGUGUGACUACUGUGACUACAGCUGCAAGAACCUCAUUGACCUGCGGAAGCACCUGGACACGCACAGCAAGGAGCCGGCGUACCGCUGCGAGUUCGAGGCCUGCAGCUUCUCUGCCCGCUCCCUCUGCUCCAUCAAACUGCACUACAGGAAGGUCCACGAGGGCGACUCCGAGCCCCGGUACAAGUGCCACGUGUGUGACAAGUGCUUCACACGGGGGAACAACCUCACUGUCCACCUCAGGAAGAAGCACCAGUUCAAAUGGCCCUCGGGACAUCCUCGCUUCAGGUACAGGGAGCACGAGGAUGGCUACAUGAGGCUGCAGCUGGUGCGCUACGAGAGCGUGGAGCUCACAGAGCAGCUGCUCAAGGACAGGGAGAGGCGUGGGGAGGCUCUGGAUGGCUCCAGCGAGUGCGUGGUGCUGCCUGAGGGCGAGGGCAACCUGCAGGGCAUCCUUCUGGAGCCUGCAGCAAACCCUGCCCCAGCAGAGAGCAGCACAUCAGAGCUGCCUGCGCCCCCAGCCCUGUGCUCUGCUCCCAGCUCUGAGCCAGCACGGCCCAGCCCCAUCCCAGGAGCUUCCUCAUCCUCCUCCUCCUCCUCAGAGCAAGGAGACAGCAGCACCAGCAGCCCCAUCAUCCGUGUGGUGAGCAGGACCAACGAGCAGGGCCAGAGCGAGACUGUCUAUUAUGUGCUGGCCAGCACAGCCUCAGAGCAGCAGGCCACAGCAGCCCCGGGCCUGGAGCUGGAGGAGAACGUCAUGGACAGGCUGCAGAAAACAGCUGAGGAGCUGGGCAUCCAGAUCGUGUGAGGGGCUGCCCCUCUGCUGCAGGAGAGCCUCAGCCUCGUGGGGAUGUGCUGCUGGAGGAGUGCUUGGGGACAGGGCUGGGGCUGUCCUCAGCCCAGCCUGGCUGGCUGCUGGUUCUGUCGGCGUGGGGAGAGGGGAGGGACACAUCCCCCAGGUGUGUCUGAGCUGCAAGGAGCUGUCUGCCUCCUCCUUGUGGGGAUUGGGGCCUGUCAAGCUUCUCCCACCCUUCUGGGAGGUUUGGCCUAGGCCUGGCAGGGUGGGGUGGUCAGCAGCUGUGCCCUUCUGUUCCCCAGGCAGGGUGGUGUGUGGAGCACACUCUGGUGCUGAAGCCUCUUCCCUGGGAGCACGUGUGGCCCUUGGCAGGCCUGUCCUGCCCAUCCAUGCCUUUUCCAGGGGGUUUCAUGCCUUCAUCAGCACUUCCUGCACACAUUUCCUGUCUCACCUGCUGCUGCUGGUGGUGUUUGGCUCCCUGAUCCUAUAACCAGCCCUGCUCUCUGGGAGGCCAGUGCAGCACUGGGACAUUGGGAGCUUCUUGCUGCUUUUGGCAUGCCCUGGGUGUCCUCCCCACAUUGGGGUUUGGGCUCCUGCUUGGGCAAAGUGUUCUUUGGCGAGACAAAUAAACAUCAGGCUGCCAGGCCCA